AUGUCGUGUGCAAAGUGUCAAAAUCCUCUGACCCUCGAGGUCGAUCACUCGGAUGACGAAGACGUGUCUAUGGGAGCCGGUUCUUCCAGCGCUGCCGCAGCUCAGAACAAUCACACAGUCCCUGACGAUGUAGCGCUCAAUUGCGGCUGCCACUUCCACUGGCAAUGUCUGAUCGACGAAUAUCAAAUCACCGAAUGUCCCUCAUGUCACCAAUCCUUGCUCACUCCCGCUCCGAACGGAGGCCAACAACUACUGUGCACCUUGCACAACGAGGGCGGCGUACAAGAGAACCUCGACAUCCUUCCUAUUCUGACAGAGGAGGCCUAUUUGCACGCAUACCCCGAGGACAGAAUCAGCCGCGCCUUCCUCGAACUCUGCCGCGAAGGUGACGUCUCGGCCGUCGUUGACCUGCUGAAGAGCUGCAACGAGCCCGACUCAGACGAUGAUGACAUGGACGACGAGCCUGUCGUCCCGAAAAAGUCCAUGGACGAGGUCCUUCGUUACCAAGAUCCAAUCGGCGACAUGCAAUCCGGUCUUCACGCCGCAGUCGCUGGCAACAGUCGCGAGGUCGCUUGGUUGCUAUUACUGCUUGCAUCGGAGCUUUCUGAAAUGGAGUUCCCUGCUUUGGUAUACCAACAAGCCGCCUCGCUAGGCAUCAUGAGAGAGGAUCAGACGGGUAAAGUUGACAUCAGAAGCCUCAAGGAUGGCCAGGGAAGAAGUGCGGAACAAUUGGCUGCCGAGCUCGGCGGUGUGUGGCAUGGCUGGCCUGGUAGCGGUCGCUUGUCCGUCUAA